AUGUUAUUAAGGCCAGCACCAGUAGACUUUAAGGAAAAGUGGAAACCCUUAGAACAUACUAUUAAGAGUAUUUUAAGACUAGACACAAUUCCUAGGGAUAUUUGGCAUGCACGUUUCAAUGAUAUUUAUGCUUUAUGUGGGGCCUUCCCAGAGCCUCACUCUGAUAAACUGUAUAAUUCAACGAAGUUAUUACUAGAGACUCAUGUAUCUGAAAUUUUGCCACUUAUUCAAUCUGAAGAUACUGAAAAUCAGUUACAAAAUUAUUGUACACAUUGGCAAAAUUAUAGUAAAGGUAUCAAACUCCUAGAGCCAAUGUAUCAGUACUUUAAUAAUACAAUUCAUAAACCGUAUAAGUUAAAAUCAUUUUGUAAGGCAGAUCCAGAUGAACCUAAACUGAUGGAGGUUGGAGAAUUAGGACUUGACAUAUGGAAGCGCAUUAUAAUCGUACCAUUGAAAAAUAGCAUGCCCAAAUUAUUAUUGGAUGGUUUUGACAAACCGAGAUAUAACUUAUCUAUAACCAUACCUUUGGAAACCAUUGCUGUUAUUCUAAAAUCAUUUGUUGAAGUCCAGGAGUACAAUAAAAAACGCAAACUUGAACUAUAUCAAAGUUAUUUUGAGCAAGAAUUUUUGGACCAAACUAGUGUUUACUUUGAACUUGAAUCAACAAAAUUGUCAGAAGAAUUUACAGUUACUGAGUAUAUAGUUAAAGUAUUGAAAAUAAUGAAUGAUGAAGAAAAUAGAUCAAAACAAUAUCUUCAUGAAAGCACUUAUGACAAACUGAAAUCAAGAUUUGGUAAAAUUAUGAUUACUGAUCAUUUAGAUUUUUUACAUGGAGAAUCUGAAGCUAUGCUAAAAGAAAAACGAUAUAAAGAGAUGCACAAUAUGUAUUUACUUCUACKUGAAGUUAAAAAUGGAUUCGCCUCAUUACCUGACACUUUCAGAGAAAUCAUAAAACAACAGGGAAUGAAGGUUCUUGAAUCUUUAAAAAAAAAUCAAAUACAUGUAGCUUUUGUUGAGGAUAUAUUGGAGUUACAUAAAAAAUACAAAUCUAUAGUCUUAGAUGUUUUCAAUAAUGAUUUUUACUUCAGUAAAGCUCUUGAUACAGCAUUUACAAUAAUUGUAAAUUAUAAACAAGAAGAAAAUCAGCCAUCGAAGGCCCCAGAAUAUUUAUCAAAAUACUGCGAUAAAUUACUGAAAAAAUCAUGUAAAGGMAUGAGUGAAGCUGAAAUUGAUGAUAAACUAUUUCAGUCUAUGACAAUAUUUAAGUAUAUAGAUGAUAAAGAUGUAUUUCAAAACAUCUAUCAAACGCAUCUGGCCAAACGUUUGAUACUUCAACAAAGUUUGUCUACAGUAGGAGAAGAAGGGAUGAUCAACAACUUAAAACAAGCUUGUGGUUACGAGUUUACAAACAAAUUACAUCGAAUGUUUACUGAUAUCAGAGUAUCAGAAGAAUUAAAUACAGAAUUUCAGAAAGAAUGUGGUAAAGACACUAAAGAUGAAUUAAAUUUAUCUUUUUCUGCAAACGUAUUGCAAACCGGAGCUUGGCCUUUGAUAUUAUCUACCAAAUCAUUUGUUAUUCCUGGACAACUGAUAACAUGUUCACAAAAUUUUGAAAUUUUCUACAAAAAAAAAUUUGUUGGACGCAAAUUAACAUGGCUUCAUCACCAAUCGCAGGGCGAGUUAAAAUUGAAUUAUUUACCAAAAAUGUAUAUAGUGACACUGCAUAUGUUUCAAAUGUCGAUUUUGUUACUAUUUGAAGACUGUAAUACAUUGAAAUACUCUGACAUUAACGAGACACUACAAUUAAACGAUAAUCAGUUUCAAAAAUUGAUCAAUAGCUUGGUAGAUUGUAAAUUGUUAUUGAUUGAUGGUGAUAAUGUAAAAUUGAACAUGGACUUUACGAAUAAGCGUACUAAAUUUUGCAUAACAUCAGCUGUCCUAAAAUAUAUACCGCAAGAGAUUGAACAGUCUGUUAAUUCUAUCAACGCUAACCGUGAAUCAUACUUACAGGCUACUAUUAUUCGGAUUAUGAAAAUGCGUAAAACAUUGGGGCAUAAUAAACUAGUGAAUGAGAUAAUUUCUCAAACGAAAUCAUUUAUGCCAUCCACCUGCCUUAUAAAAACAACCAUCAAGAUAUUAAUUGAUAAAGGGUAUCUUGAAUGCACCCCAAAUUUACCCGAUGAGUACAAUUAUGUUGCUUAA